AUGGCUCCAGCAGCAGCAGCAGCAGCUGUGGAGGACCUCCCUGCCAGCGCUCUUCACCCUCUGGUCCACUCGUUCCUCUUGGAGUGCGGGCUCUCGGCCACGGCGGCAGCCUUGCGGGAGGAGACCGGCAAGAGCUCGAAGAAGCUCGGGAAGCAACAGGCUGCGCUUGGGGGGGGCUGCAAGGACCUCCUGGAGAUCGUCAACGCCCACCGCAAGCGGCUUGCCGCUGAGGCGGCGAAGGCCGGGGGCGACGACGUGCAGGAGGACAUGGAACACACCAAGAAGGAAAGCGACAGCGAUGACGAGGAGAAGGACAAGGGCAAGGCGAACGGUGUGAAGCCCAAGAAGGUGGUGGCGGCGGCGGCCGAUUCUAGCAGCAGCAGCAGUAGCGACGAGAGCGGGGGGUCGAGCGAAGACGAAAGCGAGGAGGAAGAGGAGGAGGAGGAGAAGCCGAAGCCUAAGGCAGACGGCGGCAAGAAGCUGAAGGCGGCAGCGAAAGCGGCAGCCGCGGCAGCAAUGGCGGCUGAAUCUAGCAGCAGCAGCGACGAAGAUAGUUCGGAAUCGUCGAGCGAGGAAGAGGAAGAGGAAGAGGAGGAGGUUGAGAAAAAGGGGUCGAAGAAGAGAAAGGCUGCGGCAGAAGCGGCAGAAUCUUCAGACGAGGAGGAGGAAGAAAUCAGCGACGACGAAGAGGAGGCCGAGGCGAAGAAGCCGCCGGCCAAGAAGAAGAAGGAGGCAGAAAGAGCGGUCGUAAAGGCCUCGGCGGAGAAGGAGAGAAGGAGGUCUUCGGCGGCCGCGGCCGCUGCGUGGGUUCCCAAGGCCCUGACGCCCAACAAAGCCGGCGGCGGCGGCGACUCCAACGGCGUGGCGAACGGCGACGGCAUGAAGACGCCGGCGAAGGGGGGGCAAGGAGGAGGCGGCGAGGACGCCAACGGCGGCGGGGGCGGGGGCAGCACCGGCAAGAAGUCGACCGGGGGCAAAUCGAGGACGCAGGGAGAGGCCUUCAAGAGGGUCCAGGACGAGCAGUGGGUGGGUGGGCUCAAGAAGGGGUUCGACGACAAUACAUACGAGGGCACGUUCGGGCAAGGCGGGUACGGGUUCAAGGCGAGCGAGAAGCUGUCGAAGGUGCGAGGGAAAGACUUCCGACACGAGAAGACCAAGAAGAAGCGCGGCAGCUACCGGGGCGGCGAGAUCUCGAUGAACAGCUACUCGGUCAAGUUUGAUGACAGCGACGGUUAA